UCUUCGAGUCAGUUCAUGCACCUUCAGCCAGUGUGAGAAUAGAAGCAGCAAGAGCAGCCGUGGUCGGUGACACGCUGGCGUACCCAUGUAUUUUCCCGUGUAAUUAUCACAAACUGUUGUUUUUGUGAAUGGUUGCAUGCCGGUGCCCGCACGAUAGGUUGCAAUGGCACCGGGUUGGCAAGAGAUCGCUUCACAGCAUGUGGAGCAGAUAACGGGAUAUGUCAGAGAAACCCUAUCGACCGGCCUCGUCUAUCUGAAGUCUGAGCUGGGAAUAGACCUGGGCUUGAAUCCUGAUCUGUGCGCCCCAUGGCUGCUCCUUAUAACGGCCUGGGGGGGUCUGCUUCUCAUCUUGAUUUUAUGGGUCUCGGUCUGUCGCGGUUUAUCAAAAAGACUUUCAGAGACAGGAGACAUCGCAGACAACACAGGUCCACCGCAAACGGCGAAGAAGGCUGAUGAGCCCCGAAGAAGGAACAGAAAGAAGAAUGCGGAGAAGAAAGCCCAGAGGAACGGACUUGCUGUUGAAUUACAGGAAGAGGCCAAAGUGGAGGAUGUUCAAGAACUACCAGAAGGGAAGACUGACAAGACAAAGAAGAAUAAGAAAAAGGCAAAGCCUCCAGCAAAGGAUAAAAAAUCCUCUACAUCUCUUGAUGGCAAAGAACCAGAGGAAGGUACCUGGGAGACCAAGGUCAGUAACCGUGAGAAACGACAGCAGCGGCGGAAGGACAAGGCUCCAGGUGAUGGGUCAGGCAGCCCAGUAGCCACCGCGGCUUCGAGUGCCAUUAGUACCCUGGAGGAGGUCCAGACCGCACCAGAAGAACCAGAAACCUCCAUCAGCACCACUGUUUCUACACCUCCAGUCCAAAGAGAAGUGGAGGUCGACCCACCUGAAAUUGAAGCAAGUUUUGUACGAGACACCGUUGUUCCUCAAGUGACGCCGUGUUGGCAGGAAGUGCUGGCUGUUGACGGUUCUGGCUGGAGUGAUCAGGGCCUGCAGCUUCCUCCUCAGAUGGCCAGUGUCCAGGCAGAGAGCUGGACCAGCAUGACUGUCCCUACGGAGCGUCAGACUAGUGAGCCCUCUGUCUGGCCCCAAGAUAUGGAAGGGUCAUGGACUAUUGUGGAUGGACCUCACAAUUCAGUUUCAUUCAGUGGCUUGACUGCUGUGCCUGACCUGAGUUGGAGCGCUCAGCCUUCUGUGCCAGUGGAUGAUGAGUGGUCCGGAAUAAACAGCACAUCUGCAGAUGUAUCGUGUGACUGGAACGCUCCGUCAGAGGAGUGGGGGAACUAUAUUGGGCAACACCCUGUCAGCGCAGCGCCGCUGGAGCCACCGGUUCCUGAAGUGGCACAGGAGUCUGAUAACGAGAAAGAUAAGGACGAAGCAGGUGCCCCUGGUAGCGGUAGAGCUAAGAAGAAGAAAAAGAAGAAGAAGAAGGUGGAGGAUGCUGGACCUUCUGCUCAGAAUACAUGCAUUCAGCCGCAGGUGAAGGCAGAGAGAGAGCCGAGCAUCGCAACACUGGCACAGAGUGCAGCGGGAAACGCCUCAGCUGCCACAGCAGGGCCACGUUUAGACGACACGGCACGUGCUGUACCAUCAGCUCCGGUACAGACGCAACAGAGAAUGACUGGACCUGAGCCGACUGACAAAUCCACUCCUGGACCGACACAAAAAAAAACGGAUGACAGCAAGGAGUCUUUGAAACCACCAGUCAAAAAGAAGAAGGCUAGAAGAGAGACAUGAAGAUACAAAAGAGAUGAGACAACAUAUGCAAUCUUGGGGUUGUACAGAAUUUCAUACUUCCUGAGUGACUUGUGUUUUUAAUACCCUUAGAUCCGCCGUGUUGUGAAUCCCAUCCUAGUGUCUACAUCCCAUUAGAUAUGUUUAGACAAAGUACUGUAAUGUUACACGUCACAUGAAGGGACACUUCAUUCAGAACAGUUUCUCUUUUUUAUGUAUGUUAAUUGCUAAUUACAGUCAAUUUGAUAUGAUUUGUAUUUGCAGCAAAAUAUUUUUUGUAAGAAGAUCCUGGCGAUCAUCGCAAAGCACUAGGGAUGUAUCAAGGACACUUGAUCAAGAUAUACGCACAGGAACCACCAGGAACCUAUAGAUCAUUGAGCUGUUACAUGAGAGCGCUAUCUCAUACUUAAUUUAUGACACACUGAGGCGGAUUAGAGUGAACUAACUUAGCCAAUUUGUAGGAGGAAAAAGCAUAUGUGGAUCAAGCCAUAUGUGAAAACCCUAACAAACACUGAGAGACUUACUGCUGGAGAGCAUGAGUAGAUAUUAACAGACAAACAACCUAUUAACCGUACGCUUUGGUGAAGUAGUAGUGAUGUCGGCUGGGGUUUUUGUGAUCAUUGUUACACCAGGUACAGCAGUGUCAGGAAAUAUUCAAUGCCUUAACUUGUGUUGUGUAAGAUAGCAGCAACGAUCUGUCAGCUGCAUGCCGUUUCCUCUUUCGUAUUUAUUGGUUAAUAUGUCAUGUUUAACAAGUAAUAAAGAUUAAAGAGAUUCUUUGCA